CCAACAAUAACCAAAGCAAACUAAAAGCAAGCAAAUUUCGGGCUCUAAAUGUGAUCCAAAAGGCUUUGAAUAAUGCCAGGCUCGCAGAGGGCGAAACUAUUUUCGGCAAUCGCAAUUACAAAAAAGUAAUCAAUGAUGCUACUUCUCCCGAAGAAGUCGAAGCCAUUCGGGAAGAGUUGGUCAAAGAAAUAAGUAAAAUGAAUGACCAUAAUAUUAAAAAAAACAGCAUUAAAGAUUUAGAAGAGCGGUUAACCCAACUUCAAGAGCGAAAUAACGAUUUAGCAAAACAAUUAAAUAACUCGCAACAGAAUUUUUCCCAAACAAAAGAAGAUUUACGAAAGGAAAUUCAAAAUUUAAAAGAACCAGAGAAAAUUAGUUGA